UUUUUUUUUAGGAAAUUAAGUCUCUUUUUAAUGGCAUUGGUGUACUUUAAUCACUUUUUGGUACAUAAAUAUGUAAUUUUAUAGGAGAUCCCCGAUACCAGAUACUAUUUCAGAUGCCGCAGAUUUCCCCCAUAUGGUAUAAUUAUUGUUCCCAAUUAUGUUAUUAACAUAUUCUUAACUGCGGAUAUUAAACAAGGGAACGGAAAAUAUACUGCGCGAGAAGGGAACUUUAAAAAACUAGCCUGUGCUGACUAAUAAUUGGCUUUCUCUUUUUCCCAUUAUCACCUACAUAAAUACGAGAAUAUCUAUUUUACAGAAUGUUGUUAUAAUUCGUUAUUAUAUAAACACAGUAAAUAUAGAAUUCUAAAAAGAUUUUAGUUAUUUGUGUAAAAAAUAAUAUCUUUUUUUUUAGUAUUUUUAUUGUAUUUAUUAUUUUUUUUUAUAUUAUCUUUUUGAAAUUUACAAAUGUACAGAGGUUGGCCUUUUACGGGUUGGGGUUUAGUAAACAUUCCUUCAACGAUCCAAAAAAGGUUGCUCAAAUUCUUGCUUAAGAGAGCCUUGGGUCAAUUUUUAGCUGAGGAUAUAGAUCUUGAUCUUGAUGUUCAACUUAGCCAAGGGUUGCUACGCCUAAAAGAAUUAAAACUCAAUGUAGAGGUUUUGAAUGAUCUCGUCGUUGAUUUACCAGUGGUAAUAACGGACGGCAAAAUUGGUGCUAUCGUCGCUAAUAUUCCUUGGAAAAAUAUAUGGAAUUGUGAUUGUGUAUUGGAGAUUUGCAAUUUACAAAUUACUGUCGUUCCUGAACAUGCUAAACCAAGAAAUGCUAAAUCUACUCCCGAAGAUUCACACAUACUUUCAUCAUCAUUUCAUUUUGCUGGUGAUUUUCUUCGUCAUGAAAGGUUACCUCCUGAAGAGGAUGAAGAACUUCGAAAUUCAAUCUAUCAUUCUUUUCAUAGUAAUAAUAGUAACGCAUUUCCAUCAGAAAGUCAAGAAUUGGGUGGCUCAGGGCUGGAACAAUCAGAAACGUUACCACAACAAUCUUCUAUACCUAGUGACAAUGGUAUAGAAGGUGUUCAAAUUUUGGCACGAUUAAUUGAUAAAUUAAUGUCAAAUGUUAAAAUAAUUUUAAAGGAUACUUGUAUACGACUUUCUCAUCAAUCAACUAUUUCACUUAAUGGAGAUUAUAAUUCAAACAAGAACGAUCAACUUAAGGAAUAUUGUUUCGAGUUAAAAAUUCCAGAAAUUUCUUUUAAAGAUGAAACACCUGGAUUAGAUGAUGAACCUACUCCUCCUAAUGUAUCCGGUUCGGCUAGCGUAACAUUACCACCAGAACAAGCUGAAACUAUAAAAUCCUUUACUAUUACUGGAUUAAAUAUUUGGUUAAAAGAAGUAACAAAUCAAUGGAUUCAUCAACAAUCGUCACAACGACCACAACAAUUAAAUGUACCUAAAACUUUUUCAUAUGGUGGUGAAGAUAGUGGAGACGAAUUUUUUGAUUCACAUUCAAAUGGGUAUGGUUCAGAUAUUGGUUCUGAAAAUGAAGAACAAAAACAAACUAUUCCUUAUGAAGCAAUGAUCUUUUCUUGUUCUGAACAUGAGAAUAUUAUUCGAGUUACAUUAAGUCAAAAUUCUAUUCCUACUAUUCAAUUUGAUGCACAAAAUGCUGCUACAUCAUAUUAUUUGACACAAGAAGCCAUGCAACAAGCUAAGAGCACUCAAUCUUGGAACAUUGAAGGUUUAAUUCAAUCAUUAACUGCAGUGUUAACUCCUAGUCAAGUAUCAUUAAUUGCAGAUUUAGCCGACGCGUUAUCAAGAAGCAAAUCUUCUUCAAGUACUAGACCUCCAAGUAGUACCGAAAGUGAUGAUUUGAAUCAAUUUGAGGAUGCAAAUUAUCGUCCAAUUUCUUCUCCAAUUCAAAAUGAUGAUUUUGAUGAUCUUUUAUAUCAACAUGAACCUAAUAAAAUUAAUUCAACAUCAAUACGAAAUAAAGGUGAUUUAAGAAAUCAUCAAAAAGAAUCAUCAAUAAGUUCACAAGGUCAUUUUAAACCUUAUUAUAUUGAUUCAUCAAAAAAUAAUUUUUAUAAUUUAGAACUUGAUCGUGAAUAUGCUACAAGUUCCUCUGAAAAUUUUUCUUUUGUAAAAUCUAAUAAUUCACCUCCAAAUCAUUACAAAUCAUCUUUAUCUCAUCCUCCUAAUAUUGCCUCUUCUGCAUCAAAUAUUAUAUCUUCUGGGUCAAAUGCAUCUAGCAUGAAAAUUGAUUUUAAAAUUUCUAGUGUUGAACUUUUCAUUUUAUAUCUUGAUCCAUCACCUAAUUUUAUACCUGAAAAAAAAUUCUUCGAUACACGUUUACCUGAAAAUUUAAAUCUUAACCAUAUAAAAAUUAGUAUUGAUGGAUUUUCUUGUUUAUUACAAAGAUGGGAUCCUGAAAAUUUGAUUGAUAAUGGAAAACGACGUGGGAGUGUAUCAAAUAUUAAUUAUCCUCCUAAUUAUCAAAAAAAUUUGGAUAAUGAAGAAUAUUCACGUAUAUUGAUGGAAAUAGCAUUCUCUGAUAUUUCUAUUUUAGAAUGGUUAGAAGAUCCUUUAAGAAACAAAUCCGAAUUUGAAGAUUUAAAAUCUGAAGUUACACUUCCCAAUUUUAAUACCUAUAAUCCUUUAUUAUUUUUUGAUCCUGAACUAUUAAACUUUUAUGAUCCUGAAGAAUCUGAUUUUCCAACUUUUCCAGUAAAAAAUAUGGAUAAAAAUAAAAAUAAAAAUAAUGGUACUAAAAAAAUUGGAAGAGCUACUACUAGAUUUGGUAGAAGCGAUAAUAAUAAUGUUAUCAAGGAUGUCAUUAAAAUAAAGGUUGAGAUUACGAAUCUUUCUAAUGAAGAUACAUUGUCAUCAACUUUAACUCCAUCAAAUGUAUUAAAUUACGAUAUCGCAGUUGAUUUACAACCAGUGCAAUUACACUUUGAUCUUCGAAUAAUCGAUCGAUUGGAGAAUUAUAUACUUGCUCUUUCUAAAUAUGCUAAUAGCGCUUCUCCGGAAGAGACAUCUACCAAACAUAUAUUUAACGAAAAAAACAUAAUUGAUGAUUUGGAUACACAGAGGAUGAAUGAGAAAAAAUCGGAAAAGUUUCAUCUUCGAAUUAAUUGUGAUUUAAUUCGCAUGAUGUUGCACUGUCCAGAUUUGGGUGCUUCUAAUACACAUGAAAUAGUUGAAGAUUAUUGCAUACAUUCUAAUUUAAUGAUUUUCGAUAUAAUAAAUAUUCAUGUUGCGACUGGAGUCACAAAGAGUCCUGGUAUAGAAAAUUACGGUAUUCAACAGCAUUCUGAACCUGAAGGUCGCUCCGGUGACUUACAACAAAAUAGAAUAAAGAUAGAAUGUGGGGGAGUAAAUAUUUUCUUAAAAGAAUCUAAUGAUUCGGACGCUAAAUGUUUUCUUGCUAUGAAACCAUUAACACCAUCAACUCAUCAUCGUUCUAUGGCUCAUAUAUCUCCAAUGUUUCCUAAUGUUGAAAUUACUUAUAGACCUACAAGCGCGGUCAAAAGCAAAUUGCCUUUUAUCGGAGGUAAUGUUCGAUCUUCCCCAUUUUCACAAACUUUUUCAUCAUUUGAAGGAGAAGAUCGUUCCAGUUGGCCAGUAGAAAAUGAAGAGGAAGAAAUAUUGAUGUUCAAGCAAAGAACGAUCGAAAGUUCGUUAUUUGUGAUAAAUUGUAAUUUCCCUCAUACACGUGUUCGACUCACAAAAUCAUCAUUUGAUAUUCUGCAAAUUAUGCUUAAUGAUUUGACAUUAUGGCAACCUAAAAAUAGUGUUGAUGCUAAUGACUUUGAUUCUAAUGAACAAGAUAGUCACUUUAAUAUGGCUGGCAAUUAUCAAUCGGAUUCAAUUUAUGGGAUGAAUUCAUAUAAUUCUGAAAGUUCUGAAAUGAGAAUGAGGUUUGAAGGAGGAAGUUUUAUGGGGUCUCAGUCAAUGCCAUUGAGACCUAGUCUCGCAUCAGUUGUCGUAUUUAUAGCCAAAGUCGAAGUUGUUAUAUUAUAUGAUCCUGAAAAUCCCGAAAAGAAAGCUAGCGAAAAAUCAAAAUCAACACGUAUUUAUCAACUCAACAUGCUAGACUUCAGAUUCUUUAGUGUCAUAAAACACGAAGGAAAGAAUGAUACGUACGUUGUUUUGGAUAAUGAUAAUUUUGAUUAUUUGGAUAUAACAACGCCACAAGAACCAGCACAGAUAUUACGUCGUACAUUAAACAAGGGCAUUAAGACAAAAAACACGCGUCCUAUGAUUUCUAUAAUAAUGCUUAUCUCGCUUGACGUUGUAGCAAACAUGAAAGAAACGAAUUUAACUUUAUCAAUUAAUGGUGUAACUUUACGGCAUUCUCAAGAUACACGAUGGAUAGAUGAUUUGCUUGAAUUCAUUCAAGAACCAGAAAUGAGAAUCUUUGUGGAACUUCCUAGUCAAUUUAUAAAAUUAUCGGUUACAAUAAAUGAUUCUUCAGUAGACUUUAAUCCGAAUAAUAUUCCUGGGCGCGUUAUUGUAGUUCUCGACAGUUUAAAAGCAUCAAGCAAUAUAAUAUCUGGAUCACCAAUGUUUGCUGCAAAAUUAAUCGUUCAAAAUUUGGAUUUGAUGCUUGUUGGCGAUGAUCAAACAAUUCAAGAACGUGCAAUAAAUAAAAGUGGUUCAUCAACUAUUAGCGUUAAAAAAUAUUGGAAGGCUAUCGGAUUCGUUAAAGCUGCAUCACUCGACUUUGCAGAAAUUCAACUUAAAGCAAAUAAAGGAGAAAUUUAUCCAAAUUUUGAGCUCGAGCUUACUAAUGAACACCUUACGAUUGAGACAUGUGCGGAUACAUUCCAAACAUUAUUGAACCUAAUAAAUCAUUUAACUCCAAAGGAGGAGAUUUCCGAAAAAGGACGAAAAGUUCACAUAACAACUGCUGCUAACAGAGGGGAUGAUUCAGACGAGCCUGUAUACAAAAAUAUGUUAGAGAGCUUGGAUAUGGAUGCAUUUAAACAUCCUCUUCCAAAAAAAAAGCCAAGCAAGAGCCCAGCUUCAAAUUUAGAGUUCGUGGAAGAGUAUUACACUAUCGAAGAAAAUGAAUCAGAUGAACAAGAUACUCAUCUUUUUGAUAAUGCAGUCAUAUUUGACAAUACCGAAGACGUAAUAGUUAGGAGUUCUAAAGCUUCGGAAUCACGUGACGAUAUGAUCAAAAGUUUGGAUUCAGAACCUCUAAAUUUUUCAGAAAAUCAUUUUGCUGUACCCAGUGCAAGCGAACUUGAUGAUUCUUCUAUUCAAGAGAUACCAAAUAGUUUGACUAGGAUUAAACUACGAGACUUUAAUCUUGUAUGGAAAUUAUAUGAUGGUUAUGAUUGGGAACAAAGUAAAAAUGAAGUAAUGAAUGCCUAUGCGCGUGCAAAAGCUCAUGGAAAUGUUGGGGGGUCAGGUUCUUUAAUUGGAGAAACAAGCAGUAAUUCUUUAGAAACAGAUUCUAAUAGCCUUCUCGAACGUUUCUUGGGAUCAUCACCUUUUAAUAAAAACUCAGAUUUUGAUGUUACAUCCCAAACUGGCUCUGAAGUCGAUUAUAUAGACGAUCAUAGUGACACUGCCAGUCAAGUCAGUUCGCGAUUGGGAUCUGAAAAUACAAAUAUUCGAGAGGGCAAACGACCCGAACAUUCUAGUCGUAGAUUAAAUCGUUCGAAAUCUAGCAAGCUUGACAUAAAACUUGAAAAAGUAAAUUUAGAUAUUGAUAUCUUUCCUAAUGACAAUAUAUUGGCUUUUAGGUUGUUGCUUCUUAUCAGAGAUGUAGAAAUUUUAGAUAAUAUAAAAACAUCAGCGUGGCACAAAUUUUUGUCUCAUAUGCGACCAGAUAAUGAUACAAGCCCACGCGAAAGUAAAUCAAAUAUGGUUAGGAUAGAAUUAAAUAGUGUUCGUCCCACGCCGACUGAUUCUUUGGAAGAAUUACGAUUAAAGGCACGAUUUUUGCCUUUAAGGUUUUAUAUUGAUCAAGAUGCUCUUCAAUUUAUAAUCCAAUUCUUUUCUUUUCAAGAUUCUACUAUUGAAAAACCUCCGAAAGCUGAUGAUAAUACUUAUUUUCAAUCUAUCGAGAUACAUCCUAUUAAAAUGAAGAUUGAUUAUAAGCCUAAACAUAUUGAUUAUGCUAACCUGAAGGAAGGUAAUUUGGUUGAAUUAAUGAAUUUCUUUCAUUUUGAAGCUGCGGAAAUGACAUUAAAUAAUGUUAAGUUAACGGGGGUUAAAGGAUGGCAACGACUAGCUGAAGAGUUGGGUGCGGCAUGGUUACCACAUAUAAAGAGCACACAAGUACCCAAUGUAGUAUCCGGUGUAGCUCCAAUACGUUCAUUAGUUAAUUUAGGUUCCGGUGUCGCUGAUCUUAUUUUAUUACCAAUUGAACAAUAUAAGAAAGAUGGUAGAGUUAUUCGAGGAUUACAAAAAGGAACACAGUCUUUUGCUCGAGCUACAACUAUGGAAGCAAUCAAAUUUGGUACUAAACUUGCGGUUGGAACACAAAUUUUACUCGAACAUGCGGAUGAAAUUCUCUCUUUUGAAUCUCAAACUAGUACUGAAAACAGAAAUAAUUCAAGUAACACUACAAUAGGUACCGUAGAAGAGGAGUUUGAUAGCGAUGAUGAAAACACUAAAGAAUUAAUUAGCAAAUAUGCUAAUCAGCCAGCAGAUUUAAAUGAAGGUAUCGAGAAAGCAUAUAAGAGUUUACGAACAAAUAUAGGUACUGCUGCUCAUACAAUUUUUGCUGUACCUAUGGAAGUAUAUGAAAAGACUGGAACUCAAGGAACAGUAAGAGCCGUGAUACGAGCCGUUCCAGUUGCUGUUUUGAAACCUAUGAUUGGGGCUACUGAAGCUGUAUCACAAACUUUACUCGGGUUACGAAAUUCGAUCGAUCCCAAUAAGAAAUUACAAACGGAAGAUAAAUAUAAGAAACGAUGAAUUAGUUUUAGAAUUGUUAAGAUUCACUAUUUCAUAAACUUUCUUUAGAAUGUAAAUUUUUGUUUUUUUUGGAUAAUAAUUCUGGAUAAUUUACAUUUUGAAUGAAGUAUAGGUUACUUUACACAUUCUUUAAUAUUACAUAUUUACUUUUUUUUUACUUUAU